AUGGAACCUCAUCGUACCUCAGAUCAUUUUCCAUCCAUCAGAAUACACAAAGACGGCCGCGUCGAGCGACUUAGCGGCAACGUCGUCAUCCCAGCCUCACUAGACCCCCAAAACGACGUCGUGAUAAAAGACGUCGUGUACUCACCGGAGCAUAACCUCUCCGUACGUCUCUUUCUCCCUCAUAAAUCGACAAAACUCGCCGCCGGUGAAAAACUACCGCUACUUAUCUACUUCCACGGCGGAGCUUACAUCAUGGAGUCCCCUUUCUCCCCUGUUUACCAUAACUACCUCGCAGAGGUCGUCAAAACCUCUAACUGCCUCGCCGUAUCGGUUCAAUACCGUCGCGCACCGGAGCAUCCGAUACCGGCGGCGUAUGAUGAUUCUUGGUCGGCGAUUCAGUGGAUAUUUUCUCAUUCAGAUGGAGUUGGUGAAGAGGUUUGGAUCAAUGAACUCGCUGACUUUGGCAGAGUCUUUGUCGCCGGAGAUAGCGCCGGAGCUAACAUAUCUCAUCACAUGGCGAUCAGAGCAGGCAAAGAGAAGCUCAACCCUAGAAUCAAAGGAGUUGCUAUGGUGCAUCCAGGUUUUUGGAGUAAAGAUCCGGUCGACGAGAAAGACGUGCAAGAUGAAAGAAUCAGAAGCCAAGUGGCAGAAGUUUGGGAGCUAGCGAGUCCGAAUAGUGUAGAUGGCGUGGAUGAUCCGUGGUUGAACGUUGUCGGAUCCGGGUCGGAUAUAUCCGGAUUGGGCUGUGAGAGGGUUUUGGUUGCAGUUGCUGGAAAAGAUGUGUUUGGACGGCAAGGGUUGGGUUAUGCGGCGAAGCUGGAGAAGAGUGGGUGGAGAGGAGAGUUGGAAGUGGUGGAGGAAGAAGAGGAAGGACAUUGCUUCCAUAUCCAUAACGCUAACUCUGAAAAUGCUUUGAAGUUGAUGAAGACAUUUGUGGACUUCAUAUCAUCCACUGUUGAAGAGUAG